AUAUUCCAAAAAUUCUCCAAAAACCAAAAUAAAGGGUUGCCAAAGUUGAACCGGUCUAAUGGACAUUUUUAGAAUCGAGUAGUAUUUUUAGAAUAAAAUAUAAGCAAUCAUCGCAUUUCUCUACGUUCCGAUUUCUCUUCCGAAGGAGCAGAGCUAGAAAUCUCCUGAGAAAUCAAUGGAGACAGCAGCCAGAAGAAGCAGAGGCGGCCUAUUUGAAGGGCUUUACAGAGUGCUUAUGCGCCGCAACUCUGUUUAUGUCACCUUCGUCAUCGCUGGCGCUUUCCUUGGUGAACGGGCAGUGGAUUAUGGGGUUCAUAAGCUCUGGGAGCACAACAAUGUCGGGAAGCGUUAUGAGGAUAUUUCAGUAUUGGGACAGCGUCCGUCUGAAUAAAUUUGCUGUAUUGAAUGCUCAUUUGAGUCGAAGACAAACAUUUCAAUUAUCUUUCAAUAAUUAUUUUCUUGCUGAUCAUGCUGGUCAUGGCUGAUUUUUUUUUUAUGUAUCUGCUAAUCUUUGGGGGGAAAUUUUAAGUGAAAAAUGUUACUUACCAUUUCCAUGGUAAAACAAAGAACAGCCUUUGCAUUGUUCAGUAUCCUUGCAAUUAUCUUGUAUUGCCAGAAUGCUUCAAUGCAUUAGGAAAGAAGAAUGAUUCAUUUAGAUAUUUAUUGUUAAAGCUGGUACGUACCACUUCUUUGGUAGCAAA